CGGAAGUGCCGCGGGCCGCCGCCUCCGUCCCGGCUGCUGCCUGUGCCGGUUACAUAACUGGUUGCUGGGGGCCCCGCGCGGCCCCAUUUCCCGGCUCCCGGCUCCCGGCUCUCGGCCGCCCGGGAUGCGCUGACUCCCCCGACACCGUCCGCUGCCGCCGGCUCCCGCCCGAGGUGUGAAUGACAGAGGCGGUGCCACCCAGCGCCCUCAGCGAGGUCAGCCUGCGCCUGCUGUGCCACGAUGACCUAGAUACGGUGAAGCUCCUAUGCAGAGACUGGUUCCCUAUCGAGUACCCAGACUCAUGGUAUCGGGACAUCACCUCCAACAAGAAGUUCUUCUCCCUCGCUGCCACUUACCAGGGUGCCAUCGUAGGAAUGAUAGUGGCUGAAAUCAAAAGUCGGACCAAGAUCCACAAAGAGGACGGAGAUAUUCUAGCUUCCAGUUUCUCUGUGGACACCCAGGUUGCGUACAUUCUCAGUCUGGGUGUGGUGAAAGAAUUCAGGAAGCACGGGAUUGGUUCUUUAUUACUCGAGAGUCUGAAGGAGCACAUCUCGACGACAGCACAGGACCACUGCAAAGCCAUCUACCUUCACGUGCUCACCACCAACAGCGCAGCCAUCAGCUUCUACGAGAACAGGGACUUCACGCAGCACCACUAUCUGCCCUACUACUACUCCAUUCGAGGGGUCCUCAAGGAUGGCUUCACCUACGUCCUCUACCUCAACGGCGGCCACCCUCCCUGGACCAUACUAUAUCCUUCGCUCAUUGGGAGCAGGCCCACAGGCCCCAUUGCUCUUGGUUGCCUUCCGGUGGCUUUCACCCCACCAGUAGAGGGUGUUGUGGGUGGAUCCAUCAUGCACAUGGGGAAAUGCUGGGCUGGUAGCAUAUCUGGGAGCCAAAGGCAAGUUCCAGUGUUCCUUGGAUUUACAGCCCAGGAGGGCAGCGAGGGGCUCCACGACCCCAUGGAAACCUCCACUGGCCCAGGUUGUUUUGCCACUGUGUGCACUGUGUCCUCAGCCCAUCGGUGUGAAGCCAAAAGGGCAGGAAGAGCUCACCUCCCUGAGCCGCUUCCACCAUGGCCAUCCCUUCCAGCACCUUCCUUCAAACACUUCUGGCCCAGAGAGAGGAGCAUAAUAAGUAUUGUGGACAUGUGUGACCCCUCACGAGCCCCUUGAAAUUAGGGCGCUGCCCAGAAAAGACUGUUUGUGAAGGCCUGGGGACUCUGGGGGCUCAGGUUGGGCUCCUAGACAUGGACUGUGAGCACAGUGUUGCCUGGGCUGUCCUGGGAUGGUCCAUGCCCCCUGCCUGAGCAGCAGAGCGCUGGCAUCUUGGACCCCAGACAGCUCAGUGCCUUGUAGUCCCUCCACUCCUGGGGUGGAGAUAGGCUGCUGCCUCAGCAAGUGCGGACCACAGUAACUUGCUUCUGGCUCCCCUGCACCCUCCUCCCAGCAGUCCUGGAGUCACGGUUCCUGCACCAGCCCAAGGGGCAGCCAGCCAGGCAUGUGCCAGUAGUCCCUUAUCACCAGCUCCUGGCCCGGCAUGGAGGUGAACUGCCUGGACUGUGACCUCAGCGGCACCCAGGCUGGUGUCUGUUAAUCCCAAUCAAGGGUGAUCAUGUGAUUUUCUUUCUACACCCCGGGGAGAGGGACGCAUCUUCUAGAUGGUUCUGCCUUGGACUUGGAGAACUGAGCCGCAGGCCUGGCCCUGCCCUCCCCUCCUCCCUGCCCCACAUCGCCACUGUAUGUACAGCGUAAAAUUGACUGGUCUGGUGAAUAAAUAGACAUGACUG